CCUAGUUCAAAUAUGGGCUCAACGUACGACCGCGAAACCAAAGUAUGGAGUGGUCCACAUCAACCACCGAUCCUGAACCCGGAAGCAAGCUUCGGCCAGACGCUGUUCGCCAUGAUGGGCCUCAACCCGGACAGGGUGAUCCAGAUCGACGUUGACACGGGAAGGUCGAUGACCUGCGGUGAGAUGCGGCUGCGGGCGAUCCGUGCAGCGCAGAAUCUGACGGCGUUAGGACUUGUCCAAGGUGACAUGGUCUCGAUGGCUUGUGCCAACAGUGAGAAUCUGGUGCCGAUGGUUCUGGGACUGCUCAUCAACGGGAUGCCCUUCAACUCGUUGUCUCCGGAGUUUGGGCUGGAUGAUUUAGCUCACAUGAUGAAGAUAACUCAGCCCAAGAUGGUGUUUUGUGAUGUGAGUAACUACGAGUUGACAAUGAGGGCGGUUGAUUUGGUGGUGAAAAACAAACCGUUGGUGUACGUGUUCGAGUGUGAAUCGAAGAAUGUUAACAAGGCUGAAGAACUGCUGAAGGAAACGGGUCGCGAACAGAUGUUCACUCCGCCUUAUCUCGGAGACUCGCGGAAGCAACUUGGAGUAGUGAUAUGUUCGUCUGGAACAACAGGCUUCCCUAAAGGAGUGUGCGUCUCCCACGCUCAACUUAUCUCAAUCGCCGGAGGAAUGUUUGCAACAGUCAAGUUCAAUUAUUACCUGAACUUCAGUUACUUGUUUUGGGUGUCAGGAUUUUACACUAUGAUCAUGUCGCUACUGAAUUGCACCACAAGGCUAAUCACAAGAAGUCCUUUCAGUGCCGAUUUGUGCUUUGAUUUGCUGGAGAAGUUUCCAGUGGACUACAUUUUCACACCACCGUCGUACGCAAAUAUACUGUUGAUUCAUCCUCGACUGAAGACUGUCAAUUUCUCAAGCAUCAAACUGUGGGCCUUUAGUGGAAGCUUCCUACCAGCAAAGAUUCGAGACUCCAUCGCUGCUCUUCUACCGAAUGGAAGAACCAUGAAUGGAUAUGGCAACACUGAAAUUGGAGGAUUUGCCACAGACAUUACGAGGCAGAAACCAUUGUCAGUUGGGGCAUUGAUGGCGAAUGUCAAAGCUAAAAUCGUUGACGACAAUGGUAAUGAUCUUUGUAAUGGAGAGCAAGGUGAGGUGUUGGUAAAAUUCAGUGAAGUCUUCUCCGGUUAUUACAACAACCGAGAAGCCAGCGUUGAAUGCGUUGACGCUGAAGGCUGGUUCAGAACGGGAGAUAUUGCAUAUUUCGACGAAGAAGGAUUCCUGUUUUUGGUGGACCGCAAAAAAGAUUUACUAACGUAUCAAAACUAUCAGAUUGCUCCGGCAGAAAUGGAGGCACUAAUCGGAAAGAUUGAUGGAGUUAAAGACGUUGCAGUGGUUGGAUUACUGGAUGAAGAUGGAGUGUCUGAUUUGACAACGGCCGCAAUUGUUAAGACUAGUGAAAGUACCCUUACUAAGGAAAAAGUAUUAGAAAUCGUGCAUGGUAUAGUGGCGGACUACAAAAAGUUGAGGGGAGGUGUUCACUUCGUGCCGGAAAUCCCUCUUUCUUCAGCUGGAAAACCACUGCGAAGAAAGAUUAGAGAAAAUUUAAUGCAACAAAUAAAACCACCGUUUUAAAACUAAUAUUUGUGUAA